AUGUGUACUGCUCGAAUAAAUAAAACAUUAACCAGAUAUGAAAAUCGGUUUCUUCAGAAGGCUUCAUCAACCUUGACAAUUCAAACUGCGCUACCUAGUCACUAUCAAAUAAAUGAUGAUGAUGAUGAUGAUGAUGAUGAUGAUGAUGAUGAUGAUGAUGAUGAUGAUGAUGAUGAUGAUGAUGAUGAUGAUGAUGAUGAUGAUGAUGAUGAUGAUGAUGAUGAUGAUGAUGAUGAUGAUGAUGAUGAUGAUGAUGAUGAUGAUGAUGAUGAUGAUGAUGAUGAUGAUGAUGAUGAUGAUGAUGAUGAUGAUGAUGAUGAUGAUGAUGAUGAUGAUGAUGAUGAUGAUGAUGAUGUUUAA